AACGUUGGAGGGGGCAGCACCGGCACAUUGGCUGCAGUAGCGCACAAUGCCACCAAAGAAACGCAAGCUCCCCGCACGCAAAGCCGCUGUGCGCCAGGCGGGCGCGGGCGCUUCGCCAGCUGCGCUAGAGGCGCAUGACCGUGACGAGCCAGGCGCUGUUCCUAGCAAGCGGCAGCGAAUGAAUGGCCGUGGUGAUGGAGAAGAAGUCUGUCAGCACACAGGUAUGGCAGGCGUGAACGGCACUACCACUGCUGCUCCUGCUGCUAAUGCGCCCAGAUUACCAGCUGAACCAGUUCCAGGCGAGGCGGACGACGCCAAGUGCCUCGCACUAACGAAACAGCGAGCGCGCGAUCGCCUGCGGCUCUGUCACUCUUGCCUUCGUUUGGGACAGCAGCGAGGCGCGCUGGUGAACAUGCUCAAGGCUCUGUCGCAAGGCGAAAGCAAUAGCGCGUUGCUCCUUGGGCCACCAGGCUCGGGGAAAACAGCUGUGUUCGAAGCUGCUUUGCAAGACGUGCAGCCUGCGCAAUUCAACCUGGUAAAGCUCACAUCGAUAUUGCACAAUACAGACAAGGUCGCACUGCGUGAGCUCGUGCGGCAGCUCGUAGCGUGCGGAGCGCUGGAGGAGCUCUACGCUUCGCAGAUUGACUUUGACGACGACGAUGAGCCCGAGGCAGGCCUCGACGAGGAGGGGGAAGAGCUGCAAGAGGACGGUGUGGAAGACAUCGAUUGCGACGUCGGCUCAGACGGCGACGGGGCCGAGCUGGCGCAGGAGCGCUUGAGCGCAAGACGCAAGAAGGCUAAAGACGAGCAGAUCGAAGCGGCUCGCGCCGCGGCGGAGAGCUCGAUGCUAUCAUCAAUCUCGACCAUGACGAGCCACUUACUAUCGCUGCUAACGACGCAAUCCGAGCAGAAGCGGUCGCAGAAGCAGAAGCCAAUUAUCGUCGUGCUCGAGAACAUGGACGACUUCGCUCUACGGCCCAAGCAGGCACUUCUAUAUGUCCUGCUGGACGCGGUGCAGAGCAGCUCGUACCGUCCUGGGCUGUUUGUGCUUGCCACUGCUACGAGAUUGGACACUGUGGACCUGUUGGAGAAGCGCGUCAAGUCGCGCUUCUCGCACCGCGUGAUCCACUGUCGGCCGUCAGAGACGUUGGAGUGCUGGCAAGAGAAGGCGCUACACCCGCUCUUGGAGACCGAAGAAGGAGUUGAUGCGCCUGGCUGGCGUGCAUGGGUCGGCACAUGGAAUGCAGCAUGCCGCGCUGCGCUCGAGUCUGCGGGCGUCGCGAGCCUGCUGCAGCAUGAGUGGGAGCUGGAGAACCAUAUUGGUUCUCUCUACCAGGCUUGGCUAUUGGUCUUGGCCGGGCUGACACCCUCAGAGCCGCUUCCGACUGCGUCAGGCGUGCGCUACGUGCUGCUCGGGCGGCGGGAUGACGCGCAGCUGCGCACGCUGCUGGCGCUGACGCAUACGGAGAUGGCUCUGCUGAUCGCUGCAAUGCACCUGUCCGUCGCGCGGGACAGGAGGGUGUUCACAUUUGAGAUGCUGCGGAACGAGGUUCAGCGCGGGUACCUCAAGAGCACGCGGGAGAGGGCAAGGGAUGCGGGCCUGUUGGGCGCUGGGGCGCAGCAGCCGCAAAAGCAACAGGCCCACAGGACGGGGCUGCAUGAUCGCGCUACGUGUUUCAAGGCCUUCCGGCGGUUGCUGAUGCUCGCGUACCUGCUACCAGAGCAGAUCAACACGUCGCUGAGCGUGUCUGUGUCGCUGCGCAAGCCGUGGCUCUCGUCGACCACGCUAGCUUCCGCGGGGGCGUCCGCCGCGCCCUCUGGAGGAGGGGGAGCGCCUGCGCUCGAGUUUGUCAAGGUGCGCCUUGGUGUUCCGGCUCCGUUGAUCGUGCAGGUUGCACAGGACAGAGAGCGGAAGGAGGCGCUGCCCGAGUCCAUGGUUAGAUGGUGCCUGCACAAGGCGGAUUGAGUGAGCGGUGCGCUGGGUCUGUGCGAGCAUGCGAUGAUCCGUCGAGGUAUGUAUGUAUGUACUCGAACUAGAUAUCCGCGAACCCUAUUAUUUG